CAGGUUUGUUGUUUGGAAAUGAGGACAGCUAGCUGAUCAGCAGAGAUAUUGGUCCUCUCCAUUUGUAGGAUGAUAUUCCUUCAGCUAGCGGAUCCAGUCUCCAAUACCCGGUCGACUCGUCAAGGAGAAGAGCACGGCACCGCGCUCGCGUGGACAUCCGAUAGACAGGGGACUGUGAACGAUACCACAGGGAAUGCACCUUCCAAAGAGUUGGCGGCAGUGGACUGAAUUCUUGUUCCAGGACAGGUUUGCGAAGAUGAUCCAAAUUCAUCGAAGUGAACAGUGCAUGGUGGAGCAGCAGGAGGAUGUGAGACUUGGGAUUCAGUUUGGGUGGCAGCAGUUGGGCUCGCCGUCUGGUUGGCGGCUUCGAGCGGAUCCCGGCGCGAGGUCGUGCAGGUCCGACCGCACUGUCGUUGACAUGUAUGCUCCCUAUGCUGGACAGGUGUCGACCAUGAGUCCAUCGGCCAUUGGUGCAGAGGCCUCGUACUACACCAGUCCAAGCACGUAUACCACCAGCAGCCCAGGUACAUAUGCUGCUGGCACCUAUGCUGCUGGCACCGGCACACUUGCUGGCGGUGCCUACACCGGAGGCACACUAGCCGGUGGUACUUAUGCAGGUGGCACCAGCACGUCCCUAGCCGGCGGCACCCUAGCUGGUGGAGUAUAUGGUGCUGGCACUGGAACCCUUGCUGGGGGCUCCUACACCGGUGGCACCUUAGCUGGUGGAACGUAUACCGGUGGCACCACUGCGGGUGCUGCUUAUACUGGUGGCACCCUGGGGGGUGCUUACACUGGUGGAGCUUACACGACCGGUGGAGCUUACACGACAGGCACCUUAGCUGGUGGCGCUUACACUGGCGCUGGGACACUAGCUGGUGGUGCCUAUACGGCAGGAACUCUCUCCGGUGGAGCUGCGGUCGGUGCUUACACUGGCGGCACCAGCACCGGCGGCAGCUACAGUGCUGCUCCUGCUACUACUUAUCCGGCUACUUAUCCGGCUACCACGUAUGGCACUGGCAGCUUCACAGUGCCUCCAGCAAACACCUAUGCAGGCGCCUCAUACCCUGCUUAUGCCUCUGCGGCGCCCGUGACGGGCGCGUCCUACAGUGUUCCCUCCGCGGAAGGCUUCGCGGGGAGCACCUCCUUCACGGCGCCGCAAGUUCAGGAUCUCUAUGGACAGACGUCCUUGCAGUCAGCGCCUUCUAUGAUGGUUUCGCCUAUGCUUCAGAAUCCUUUGCAGUCAGCACCCUCCAUGAUUGCCUACAGUGGGCUGCCUGGCAUCGGCCAGCCGU